AUGUGUAACAAACCGUACGAACCCACUAUGAUCAACGGGAUGGCUCCUUAUGUGGUGGUUAAUGGUCCACGCCAGGGACAGUGGUACAUUAUGGUUCCCCAGCCCUCUCAGAAGAAUGCCUACCCUCCUUGCUGCACUAAGAAGGGCUGCCGUCGCACGACGCCAGGUCCAAAGACCAUGGGAAAGUGUGAACACAACCUUUGCGUGCCAUGCUGCCAAGCACUGGGUGGUUGUACAACGGCAGACGCACACCAUGUCUCGUCGAGCAACGCUGUUGCUGGACCUUCACAGUCUCUUAUGCCAUCUGGUCCUCCUGCCUCAACGCUCACCCCUCUAUCUUCUGGGUCUGCUCCUGCACCGACGCUUGCCCCCAGGCCCUUCUCCCUCCCCAACACUCUUCAGCCAUCUUCCUCAGCUCCUCAGACUCAGCGGGGAAUAGCUGAGAAGCCCCGCAUCACCAUGCACCUUGAGCCGGACUGGAAUGAAGAGGUUAGGCAGCGCUUCCAUGACGAGGUUGAGCACGUCAACAGAGCCGUUGACUUAUGCGCUCGCGAGAAGGCUGUCAGCAAGCAGCUCUUUGUUGAAGUCUACUACAAGGAUGAUACAGAACCAGCUCGGGCAAUACUACAGGGAGGCGAUGCGUCAGAUUCUCCCAUGAGCGCAAACAUAUCAACCUGGCCUUACUUCUCGUUGGGCAACUACCUUCAUAGCACUCACUCUGUCUUUGGUGACUUCCUUAGUGGUAAAACAAACUCCACCAUUGAAAUCAAGGAGUCUACAAUGGGAUCCUGGGUGUGGUGCAAGGCAUCGGUCUUGCACCUUGUCAAGCCUGGCACCACCUUGACCUUCCGCCUGUUUGGUGUGACAAGGUGCAUGGGCGAGAUCGCUGACCUCAAGGCCGAGUGCGACAACACCUGUGAAGUCCUCAAGGGAAAGAAGCGAGCACUGUCACCUGACAUCGAGAUUGUUGGUGAUCCCGACACUGACUCGGACAACAAUACCUACCGGCCCUCACAAGACACCCCAGACCUCAUGUACGCCAUCCGGUACAACACCAUCUUUGCACCCAAGAGGCAGUACAGCCCUAUAUCUCCUGUGUGCUCUAAUGUCUUGCUGGGUCCCUGGUCACCGGCGUUCCCUGAUUCUCAGCCUUCUGGGAGCUCCUCGUCGAGUGCUUCCAGCAAGUCUUCUGGCUCUGACCUCAUGCUCGGUUCGCCACCUGCCUCUACCCCUUCUCCUUGCCUGUUACCAUCCACUGCACUGCCCUCCCCUAGAACCUUAUCAAGCACCCGUGAGGCUCAGCCGGUGGUCAAGAAGCAGACAAAGCCCAAGUACCCAAUCCCUCGCAUACCAGGCAUGUCUAUCAGCCGCCCGUGGCCUUCUGGGUGGGCUUGCUGCAAUAAUGAUGCGGCACUCAAGGCUCAAUUUUCCACCGCCAACUCACGCUUCAAGCACACCUUUGGAGUACCGUACAAGGCUUCCACGGUGUCAAACACUCGAUCGUGUUGGAAGAAGCUUGCGCCAGCAGCAAAGCAACAUCUCAUCAAGAAAGGUAUGAAGCCUUCAGCCGCUUGGAAUGUCGUCAACACUAUGAUUGGCCUGCGCAACGGCACGGAAGCAGACCCCAAUACGAUCAUUGAAGACACAGAGGAUGAGGACGAGUGGCCCGGGUCAACCACCAUGCCCAACAUCAUUAUUGAUGACAUGGAUGAGGAGUCCCAAGGACCACCCGCCCUCAGGGUUCCCUUGAACACUGUGAUUGACCUCACUGUCAACACUUCUGCUCCUUGCAAGCCCCGGCUUGCUGUCUAUGAGGAGGAGGAAGAGGACUUUGAAGCCCUUAUAGCCAUGGCAGAGCGCGAACUUGAUGAUCUUCCUUAA